UCCGCCAGCCGGGGGCUGCCCUGGGCCGGACCCCGCGCCCUGCCCCGGGACAAUGAUGCAGCCCAUGUGCCGUGCCACCACCCUGCUACUUCUCAUCGCCGUCCUCUCCUCCCCGCCGGCGCUCAGCGAGAGGGGGCGCAAGAAGGUCGUCCACGUGUCAGAGGAUGAGAGCGGGGCCGUGGUCGUCCAGACGGCGCCAGGGAAGGUGGUCACCCACCGGGGCGGGACCAUCAUCCUCCCCUGCCGGUACCACUACGACGUGUCAGCCCACGACCCUGCCGAGAUCCGCCUCAAGUGGACCAAAGUGAUGGACCCGAUGUCUUUCGUGGACGUCUUCGUGGCCAUGGGGAAGGAGCGCAGGGCCUUUGGGAGUUACCGGGGGCGCACGGCGCUGCAGGAGGAUGGGGCAGGGGACGCCUCCCUCAUCAUCCGCAACGUCACCCUGCAGGAUUACGGGCGGUAUGAGUGCGAGGUCACCGAUGAGCUGGAGGACGACACGGGCGUGGUGAAGCUGGAUCUGGAAGGAGUGAUCUUCCCGUACCACCCGCGCCUCGGCCGCUACACCCUCAACUUCCAUGAGGCCCAGGAGGCGUGUCUGGCCCAGGACGGCAUCCUGGCCUCCUACGACCAGCUGCACAAGGCCUGGCUGGAGGGCAUGGACUGGUGCAAUGCCGGCUGGCUGGAGGACGGCUCCGUGCAGUACCCCAUCUCCAGGCCCCGAGACGAGUGCGGCCGCAAAGACACCCCAGUCGGGGUCAGAACCUACGGGUACCGGCACAAGGACGACGAGCGCUACGACGCCUUCUGCUUCACGUCCAACCUGAACGGCAAAGUCUACUUCCUGAAGACCUACCGCAAGCUGAGCUACCCCGAGGCCCUCCAGGCUUGCAAGAAGAACGGUGCCAAGGUGGCCAAGGUGGGCCAGCUCUACGCUGCCUGGAAGAUCCAGCUGCUGGACAAAUGUGAGGCGGGCUGGGUGGAGGAUGGCAGCAUUCGCUAUCCCAUCGUCAACCCCCGGGCACGCUGCGGGGGCCAGGAGCCCGGCGUCCGCAACUUGGGCUUCCCAGACAAGAAGUACAAGCUCUUCGGGGUCUACUGCUACAAGAAGGCCAGCGAGGGGUCCCCCAAGAAGGCCAGCGAGGGGUCCCCCAAGAAGGGCAGGGAGGAGCCGGGCAAGGGGAGGCCUCUCCAGGUGUAA